GCAUAGCUACAUGACUGUCACCUGGCUUCCUCUACCCUGUGAGGUACAGCAGGCCCCAUUGGCCCAACCAGAGUCACCUACGGCAUCUGCAGGAGAGGAUGCCCGCACCCCGCCAGACUCUGGAGAGUCCGAUAAGGAGUCCGUUAGCAGCAGUUCCAAUGGCAAUGGAGACAGCAGCACUACUGGAACCAGUGGGACAACAGGCAAAACGAGUGGUGGAUCUUCCAGCUCCUCUAGCUCAUCCAGUAACAGUUCAACAGGGACAACCGGCACAAUUGGAAAGGAGAAGGGGAAGAAAGACAAAGAUAAGGACAAGAAACGUGCAGACUCCGUUGCCAACAA